UGAAUCGCGCGCACUUUAUUCUAGAAGCUGUUUGUAAACAUUUCGUUGUUGUUUUGGUAAGCACAUAUUUGUUUGUUUGUUUGUUUUGUAUAGACUCUUCUAUUUAAAUAAAAAAUGGAUACUUCGGUAUUGUUAAGUGGUGAGCAAUUAUUGCUAUUGAAGUUAAAUUACAAAACCAAGAAAAAGAUGCGGCCUAGACAAAACUCUUUUUCAACAAAAAUUGUAAAUUUACCCAAUAAUUCAGCAGAGAUGGACAGCUUGGCCAAUAGAGUCCAAACUGAAUUGAACAACAAAUUUGCCAUAUUAAAGGAACCACGUGUUAGAUCAGCAAGUGAGAUGGGAUUAGCAGUCUGGUGUCCUCAGACCAAAUCAGCCGUGGUGAUUUGUGAUAAGAAAAGACAACCAUGGAUGGGUUACACUGAAAACAAUCAGUUGAGAUAUACACCUGAAGAAACUUUAUUUCUUAUGGAAACUGAAUCCAUUAUCGUCAAUUACAUGGAAUUACCGCUGAGCCUACAAACUGCUUAUCAAUUAAUAUUAACAGAUGAAUACCUUUUUAAAUGUUACAAAGUUUAUGCAUACUUGACUAGAUUAGGCUACAAGUUAAAACCAUUUCCACAGUCUGAUCAAGCUCGAAGUUUAGCUCCUAAUAUCUCUAGUACAACAUUUAUCACCAAUAAAACAGUUGAACCAAUUAUAAAAUCAAACUGUGCUUUGAGAUUGGUGAUGAUGCCACUGAGGAGAGAUAUGUUUCUUAGAGGAACCAGUUUCGAUAGAUGCGCCAAUUGGGCUGAAUAUAAACGCAGCACUACACCAAGAGAACCUGGAGUUAUUUUUGCUGAAGAAGCUACUGUUUUGGAACUCAAUGAGGAGAUUCGCAACGAAAGAAACAUAUUCGAUCAGCUGCCCAACAAAAGUUUAAUUGACUAUUCAAAAAAUUUGCAACCUUUAAUUGAUCAGACCAAAGUCACAGACAUCAAUAGAUUGCACCAAAUUUUUAAAGAGGCCGGACCUCAAGAAAAGUGCUUAAACUCACGGUUACCUUCCUCCUCUGAUGUUGCCUUGAAAUAUCAAGUUUAUACAUCUUCACGGAAAAAUUUCUCCAGCAAUGAUCUCGAUUAUUGUCUAACCAUAAGUGACGAGACUGACUGCCCUCCAACAGUAAAUGAUUUAAUACAUUUAGAUGAAAAGUGUGGUAAAUCUCAACUAAUUUUUGCCAUCACAUCUCAACAAGAUUUCAACUUUUACACUUUACAACCUUUUGAAUGUUGGGAUGAGAUGCCUGCUCUUUGGGAUUCGAAUAGAGUUUAAGAAAAAGCUUUUAGAUAACUUUGUUUAUGUCAAUAUGAAGCUCAAACUAACCAAUGUUGAAAAAUGUGUUGAAACUUGAUCUUUCUGUAAAUAUUUGUUACAAUUUAUAAAACACCAAUAAAAAAAGACAUUCAAAAUAGACGCAA